AUGUUGUGGGGACUUGCGUGUGUAUCAGCACUUAAUCCACCUCCUCUCAAAGUAACUGGUAACCUUAGUGACUACCUCGCCGACUUGAAGCCACCGGACUGCGUUGGACUUCUGGGUAACUCGUACAAGAUGGUUUAUUCGUGCACGAUGUCUUACGAGGCAGCCAUCCUGGGGUCAGUCAGUCUCCUGUUGGCCAUCCUGAACAUCAUCUGCAUCUUUUUCAUGGGAGUCAUUGUUAUGAAGGUCAAAGAGUUAUCUCCGUUGCCAGGAGCUACCAAGGGAUCUGUAACAUUCUGGAAGAAAGAUGUUCCAAUAAUGAGGCACACGUAUGAAACAAUUAAAGGACCAAAAAGUUUGGACAUGCGGAGGAUGGCUAAGGAGUUGGUUAAAGAGAUUAAGCAAAAAAAUCCUGUUGGCUGGGAGAACAUUGUGAAGGAUGUAAAAGAUGAUCCUCUGUGGAAAGAUUUAAACACUGGGUUGGAGCCCAAGCAGGACAUUCUGCAGGUAAUGACGGAGAAGAACAACGAUGACGACGACUUUGACCAGCCGAAGAGCAACCACUUCAAUCGCCAGCCAGGUGGAGCGUUCAGUUCUGAACACACUGAAAUUCUAUUGAACGAUCAACGUUAUCAGACCAUCAGUGGAAACAUUGCUCCCUUCCGUGCGCACAUUCGAGAUCUGUUCAGCAACCAAGAUGAGGAGAGUGCCGGCGACUUGUCUCAGUCAGCAAGCGUCGCCACUACUCCCACUGCUUCAAAAAUGCCAAUCGGAGGUGGUGGUUGCAUCGUACGCAUGCGUAGAACGCAUCACAAAGGCAGACCCAAGUCUGCAAACGAUCGAAAAUAUUCCGAUUCUCAAGCAUUAUCCUACCACAACAACAACGUUUCGUUCGUUAAUGGCAGCAGCACUGCACAGCAACAAGCCGCUGAAGACGAGGAGGAGGAGGACGAGGUGUUGAUGCUCAACUACAACAAGAUUGCCCACUUCAAGAAAAAUGCCUACAAUAAGAAGAGGGCUACCAGCAUUGCAUAUGGAGCUUCGGAGAGAAGUCCCGGCAGCACCCACGCAGCUUCGUGCACGCCGUCAAGGAUGCAGCAAGUUCGGAUCAGGAUUGACGAGGGGCAGAACCAAACAUUCAACAGAGACAACUCCAUGACCUGAAUGAAGACCGUUGCCAUUCAUUCAAAGACCUCAUGAAUAUAUAUUUAUUAUUAUUUAUGCGUUUAAUUAAUUUUAACGUGGGUGUUGUUUCAUUUCAGAUGUUUAAUGUUUCAAUAUUUUUACAUACAGUAACAUCUAAAAUUAAUAAUGAUGAUGAAAGAUUGAUGAUGUUUUUUAUUUCUUAUUUAUUGAUGCUUCACUAACAAUUUCAGCGUUUGCGGCAAACAAUUUGAUCAAUCAACUCACCCUUUUCUAAAAUUCUUAAAAAUUUUUGAGACGAGCAUGUUCUUUUUGUUUGAAAUUCAACCAAUUUAUUUCAUUUUCUGAUGACUAUUCAUUUAUUUCAAAAUAAUUUUUAUAUGACUGUUGAAUAACUGGCAUCUGUACUGGCUGAUGAUUAACGCUGGCAUUCAUCGUGGCUUCACAGUUGCACGCACUCCUCUGUAUAUAGUUUCAUUUAAAAAUUUCUCACCUAAUCAAUUACAUGACUCAUUUUUAAGAAACAUUUUGUUCUCAUUUCAUCAUAAGUUUAGCGUAUUUUAACAGGCAUGACAUGUUGAACAAACCCAAUUUCAUCGUUUUUUUUAUUGCUGCUUCUUCAAACAUUUUUUUAUUUUUCUAGAUGUGUGAGGCAAGUCCCAGAUAUGUUAUGACAUUGUUUUUUUUUAUAAAAGUAAUCAACAAGUUGAUUUUGAUUCGUAUUUAUCUAUUUUGUGGUUGAAAUCUGGGGGCCUAUAAUAAUAUGAGAACAAUUUAGUUGCCGUUGUUAAUAUUCCUUGCUUAAAAUCAGUUUUUUAAAUAUUAUGUGUUAUAUUUGUGCCUUAGGUACGAUUAUUAUCAAGUUAUAUACUCAUUAUUCAUUCGUUAAUUUGUCCUUAAGGGUAGUUAUGCUUAUUUAUUCUUGUCAAAUUGAACUUUUUGAACUUUUUGAACUUUAAAACAGUGUUUAUACAUUUUCAUGUUAUACUUUUUUUAAUGCAUUUGUUGUUUGUUGGUGAUUUCAUUUGAUUUUGAGACGUUGAUGUAUUAAUUUGAGAGUUACUGAUGAGAUGGAAAGUGCUGGGAUGCUUCGUAAGAAAAAUUACUUUAGGACGUUAAUUAAUUUGUUGGAUGUGUUGACGGAUUGUCGGAUGAGUUCUGGUAUGUUAUAAUAUUUUUGGCUAUUUACCGUUUCAUUUUAACAUUAUUUUUUGCAUUUCGUCUGUCCAAUGUUCAUGUUAAUAUAUAUUUUGAUGAUCGUUAUAUUGAGAGAGAGAGAGAGAGAGAGAGAGAGAGAGAACAUUAACCUUUGUAUAUUAUUCAUCAUCACCUUAUGUAUUUUGCUUCGAACACCUUAUAAUAUGUGAUUCAUUAAAUUAUGCAGGAUUUAAUCGUAGGUACACUGAAAUUUUGUAUUGUAUGAUGUCUCUAUACUCAAUUCUACUCAAUUCUUAGUAUUUUCUGGCUUGCUGAAGAUUAUACAUUUUAUAAAAAAGAAUAAAUAUAUAUUUAUGAAUAAAUAUGAAAAUCACGUUAAAAA